GAGAACAGUGGAAGAAAUGGUGCGAAUGAAGAGAAGGAAGAUAGAAACAAAGAGGAGGAAGACGAAGAAGUGGAAGAAGACGAAGAGGGAGAGGAAGAAGAAGAGAGAGAGGAAAAGGAAGAGGAUGGUACGAAAGGAAAGGAGGAGACAAUGAAAGGAGCCGAUACCAGCACCACAGAGGUGAUCUCAGCAGGCAAUGAAGAGCAGCCGAGUUUAUCUUCUGGUGCGGCAAGAGCAUCGAAUAUAACAAAUACCAACAGCACACAAACAACUGGAGACGAUCAUCCAGCAGCUGAUGGUGCAGAGACAGCAGAGGGAAAACAAAAUGAAAAUAAAGAUGCCAAUCCGAAAGAAACACCAGUGACGGCCGCAGCCAUGAAAAAUACAACGGCAACGACUGGCGACAGUGACGGCAGCACCGCGGUCUCCCACACCACCUCCCCUCUUUUGCUUCUUCUUCUUGUUGUUGCGUGUGCGGCUGCUGCUGCGGUGGUGGCCGCGUGA